AUGCCCAACGGGCAUUCAAAUCAUCCAUCAGUUCAUGCCGGAGGGUUCGACGACGGGGUCGCUGUCGAUAGUUCUACUGCUCAUGACGGACGUGACAACCCGUCGCCGACCAGUGGCGAAGGCCCUAAUCCCCGAAAACGAGCUCGUAGUGAGCAGGACAAUAAACAUGAGGAUGCCGGCGACAAGAAGCGGGGAAGAGGCCGGCCGCGGCUAAACGCCAACGACGAAACGGCCGCCGAGCGCCGAAGAACUCAAAUCCGCCUCGCCCAGCGCGCUUACCGUAACCGCAAGGAAACCACCAUCUCUUCCUUGGAGCAGCAGGUCCGCGACCUCGUGGAUACCAACGAGGAGAUGAGCUAUGCUUUCGUAGCCUUGCAGGAGUUUGCCACCUCUAGAGGGCUGUUAGAGCAGUUCCCUGAACUCGGGGUUCAAUUGCAGUCCGCCGCGCAGAAAUUCCAGGCCCUCGGCCAGAAGUCUUCCAAAGCCAGGCAUCACGAUGACAGUUCUAGGGAACGGUCAGGAAGCGACUCUAGCUCUCCCGAUGCCACGUUUGCUACCCCUCGGCAGCGUGCAUCUCGAAAAGAUGAGCCGACAUAUGCCGACGCCGAUGUUGCGCGCAAGACCACCACACAACAUGGUCUUGCCACACCGCUCCCGUACUGUUCUUCCCCGGAGAGGCGGCACAGUCCUGGCAGGCAACAGCGGCAACAGCACGUCCCUGCGCCUUCAAACCCUGUCGAUGCCUCCGGGUUCGAGAUCAUCACUCAGCCAACUUAUGAAAACGCCAGCUUUCCCAUGCAUAUCAGCGACGACCAACUCAACUCCAUCCUCUGGCCUAACCCCUCCCCGUUGGGAACCGCGCCAUCUCCACCUCGAACUUAUUCUCCUGCAGAAAGCACCUUUGGCCGUCGCCUGCAGCGCUACGCUCUGGAGUGCGGCUUGAAGUUGAUCUCUCUGCCCAACCCGCCACCCCUCCCCCUGGUUCGCGUAUUUGGUUUCUGCCUUCCAUUCGAGUCGCUAGACAUGAUACGUGACCGUCUACAGCAAUCACUCCAACGGCAAUACAACCAGAGUCUCAACUUCUGGGAGUAUCCUUUUCAUAACCUCGGCGGCUCAGGGACCCACUUUCCUCCAAUGCCCGGGACAUUGGUAGGCAACCAGGGGACCGUGGAUUUGAUGCGAAACAGCAUCGGCGGUGGGUUUCCAAUUGGCCCACCUACAGUGGCCGUUGCCGAGACUCGGGAGAAGCUGGAUAUAAAGCAGAGGGUCUCGGUCCCGGGCUAUGAAGGAGACUUUUAUGACGCCGAGGAGGUCGAGAUCUAUCUCCGUCAAAAAGGAGUGUACAUCUCGCCCAGGGAAGAUUUUGUUACUCUCGAGAUUGACUUUUCAUUAUUUGAGGACAAGAAACCAGCGGUUCAGCAGCAUCACCCACAGCCGCAGCAGCAACAACAGCCAUUGCAGCAGCAACCACAGCCAUUGCAGCAGCAAUAUCAACAACCACCUCAACAAGCAGCUUACGCUCUGCCACAACCAUCUGCUGGUAUAUAUCCAGGGCAACCCUACAUGGGAAUGCCAGAGGUUUCCAACGUGGGCCACUUCUUGGCUCAGGCGCAUCCUGUCGUGGAGGAAAACGUACAGCUUCUUCCUGUGUUGGCUGGACAAACACAAUCUCCCGUGCUGGUUGGGCAUAUGAAUACGGGGAUGGUCAUCAGCCCGACUGGCAGCCACGAAACCGCCAGUGUCGGUGCUGCUCAAGACAGGUACAUACUCCCCGACAACCAGUAUCCGGCAGUCGCGAACAUGAGAGCGCCCAUUUCCUAUACGACAGCAACAUACCAAGACCCGAACAUGCCCUCUUUUGCCGCCCAGAUGCCUCAGUUCCACAUAAGUCGAUCGACCACGACGCUGGUCAACUUGGACGUCAACAUCCUUAUCCAGAAAUUGACAGAAACAACGACUUGUCUGGGUAGAUCACCCGGUUUUAGACAGGAGAACAUACACAAGGCGUUUAUGGCCGCUAUCAUGAGAUGA